CAGUGACCAACCCACCAGUAACUGGAACAAGACGUUGAACUUUUUCUUCCUCUACCGUCCUUUUUCCAAAACAGUUUCUCACACCAAGAACCCACUAUGUCCAUAAACUUACACUUUCAUGCCUUCACCGGCAACCCUCUAAACUCAAUUCCCGGUGACCCAAUUUCAACCUCCACAGCUCUCGAUUCCCUUAACAAACCUUCGCUCUUCUCCUUCCCCGAAUUUCAAGGUUCUUUUCCUUUCAUAAAUGGACAGCCUUUAGCCUCUUCCACGGUUGAGUCGUUUGUGCGCUUGGGUUCAUGUGCAACGAUGCCGUUUAGUGGACAAUCGAUGUUUCUGCUAUGGUACCUCAACUGUGCACCAACAUCAACGUGGAAUUGCAUUUCGUGGUGGCUACCGAUUGGGAAGUUUUCAAAGCAAUACAAAACUUGGUUAUUACUGGUCAACGAUAUCAUUCAGUUGACGCCUCAAUUCCCGACGAGCAACGAAAGCUUUGAACACAGUCAGCGCUUUGAACACCAUCAACGCUUUGAACACAAUCAACGUUUUGAACCAAGUUCCGCAUUGGAUCAUUCCCAUUCCUUCAAAAGGCCAAGAAUGUCUGACAACAGCCACUCCAAUACACUGAUGAGCCCUCCUCCAAGGAUGGAUCACCCUCCACCGAACAGACGAACUGGCAACAUUUUCUUCAAGACCCGUAUCUGUACUAGGUUUGGGUUUGGUAGUUGUAGAAACGGUGAAAAUUGUAGCUUUGCUCAUGGGGUUGAAGAUAUAAGGCAGCCACCACCAAACUGGCAGGAGCUUGUCCGUCCUCGCACUGAAGAACAGCCACAAUUGGGCGGGAAUUGGAAUGAUGAUCAGAAAAUCAUUCACAAAAUGAAGCUUUGCAAGAAGUAUUACAAUGGUGAGGAAUGUCCUUAUGGUGAUAAGUGUAACUUUCUUCAUGAGGAUCCUGCAAAGUUUAAGUUUAGGGACGACUCUUGGAAAACAAGAGAGUCCUUUCCAAUCAGCAUUGGAACUUCUAAUAAUUUGGAAGGCAGUAGGGCUGGAAGUAAGCCAGAAAGGGGCACUUAUUGGAAAACUAAGAUAUGUCUCAAGUGGAUAAAUACCAGGAGCUGUCCCUUUGGUGAUAACUGUCACUUUGCUCAUGGAGAUGCAGAGUUACAAGUUCCUGCUGGAGGCAUUGAAGCUGAAGCUGCAGUUGCCAUAACAAAUUCAACAAAAGCCGUCAUUCCAGCUUUACUAACAACAGGUUCCUCUGUCAAUGAUGCACCUACUACCUUACCAGCAAAUGUACCUGUUGCGAUGGACGAGGAGAAGAAGACCAAGAAGGAAUUACUUUGGAAGAAAUUAAACAAGAUCAACCAUAUUUAUGGCGAUUGGAUUUGAUGAUUUACCUCUCUAUUGUCCCACAUUUGGAUAAGCAUUCUUUUCGGCUGACAAAUGAUUUUGGAAACAUGGUUAUUGGUGAUGGUGGUCAAUUCAUAUAAUUACCUUUUAUUGCUUCUUUUUACCAGUAAUUAGUACAGUUUUAUGGUGUAUCACUAGUGAAUUUUCAGUCUGAGUGGUGUUUUAAUGAAUUCACCAACUUUCUGUGGAAUUGUGGGUUGGGUGAACAUCCGUCAAAUUUCUGAAGAAAUGUCCAACUUUAAAUAGGUUAUAUCAUAUAUGCUGUUUAGUUACAUUGAUAUAUGGAAAUGUGAUUAGCUUUA